AUGGCCCUCAAAUCAUUUGACCCUGAGACGUUCCUUGAUAAUUGGUCUGACGAGAACUUCAAUCCCAUUUACAGUGGCAAACCAUUGGCACGAUGCAUAGGCGAAGCAUUCGACAUUCCACCGUCAGAUACGUACAUCUACCGGGCUCAGGGCGAAACCACACUGCACAUCACAGAACAAGCAAUAGCAGGAAAACGGAAGCACGGCAUGCACAAUUGGUAUCACGACGACUCAGGCACUCCCAUCGAACCUCAGCAUCCAUCACUUGAGGAAGUAACGGCAUACACAUCUCUCUUCGAUCCAUCUCUCAACCUUCCCAAAGCGCUCAAUGGCUUCAAGUCAAAUUCAAAAGCCAACACCAUACGCAAACAAGUCGCCGACCACCUAUCCUCCCGCUUUCACAACACCAGUGCCGGCCUGCUCCCCUCCAAAAAAGAUCGCAAGCAUGUCAACCCUUACCUCUCACUAUGGACCUACUCAUGCCAGGAGCUAGAAUGGGCCGGUCCCAUCCCAUCUACCAGCUUCACCAAAAUCUCGCACCACAUCCUCCCCAUCUACUACCACCACUUUGGCUGCAUCGUGCCCUCGUACGCCGCCCUGCACGUCCUGGCAAAACUAGCGCAGCCCUCGAAACCAAGCAAAGAACCUGUUCUGCCAAUCUUGGACGUCGGUUCGGGCAACGGGUACUGGACGUACAUGCUGCGGCAUUUCCCCUUGCCUGCUCCAGAAUGGAAAGCCCUUGAUGUUCGUCCUAUUGAUAGCGGGCUCUCGGAAUACCGCGUCACUUGGGUCGAAGAUACAAUCAAGAUGGAUGGAAAGGAAUACCUCCGCCGUAACGAUAAUGGCCGCGGUAUGAUACUAUUACUGGUGUAUCCGCAAGCAACAGGAAAUUUCACUGGGCCUAUCUUGAAGAUGUUUGAAGGGGAUACGAUUGUGGUUGCUGGAACGCAGAACGAGAAUGGUUUCACGGCGUUUCAGGAUCAGGGCGUAGAUCAAUGGGUCGAGAAGAACCUAAAGCCUUUUGUCUUGACGCUGAGGAUGCCGUUGCCGAGUUUUGCGGGGAAGGAUGAGGCCUUAUUCGUGUUCCAGAGGAGGAACGUGUAA